CAGAGAGUGUUUCGAUAGAAAAAGUAACGUUGUUCAGAAGAUCAGCCUGCUAUGUUCGAGCAGAAAUGCACACGCGGUACUUACCGUCCUCCGUAGCAUCACGUGCAGAGCCACUAGCGCGACGAUCGAUCACUGAAGCUGCCAUCAGCUCUCCACACCUUCACGACGCACGACGCGCGAUGCCUCCCUCCGAUUACACAACUGCCACCGGCGGCGCCCUAAAGCUCAAGGGCGCCGGCGUCGACAAGAAAAAGAAAAAGAAGAAGCCCAAGACAGAGGUCUCCUCAUCUUCCUCCAAGCCUACCCCUACCGCCGCCCACUCAAAUGCCGAUGCGCCAAAAUCCCCCUCGGGAACACCUCACCGCUCUAUAUCUCCCGAAACUGCAGCGCAAGCUCUUAUAGACGGUGGUGGUAGAAGAAAAACCGAAGCCGAGAAACGACACGAGGAGAUGAGGCGCAAGCGUUUGGAGGAGCGACUGAAGCGCGAGGGUGUUAAGACGCACAAGGAGAAGGUGGAGGAGUUGAACAAGUAUCUCAGUGGACUGAGUGAGCACCACGAUAUGCCUAAAAUUGGACCUGGUUAACAGGAUGGGGUGGUUGCGACUGGAUUUGGGUGCGUGUGGACAUGGCUAUGCAUCUGGACGUGCCGGUCGUGAAUCUAGGACCACAAGACGGGACGUCAAGGUGGAUGUACUGCGAGUGAAGAUUGAAUACAAGCGAGUCGUAGACAACGACAACAAGAGCGAACGAGAAGGACGGACAAGCGAAAGCCGGUUCGCAGGAGUUUCGAUGAAAAUCUUUUGGUAUCAUGCCUUCCAAAGGCGUGUGUUAAUGCGCGUAUUCGUAUGCUCUAAUGAACCCAAUGGUUUGUAUGGAGUGCGUCCAAGUAGAUCUUUCCCACGUUGUCUUAGUCCUUCAUUCCUGGCAAGUCGACUGAUUGCGCAUUCGUAACUAGGUAACGUGGUCAACGAGUCGGCAGGAUUUGACUGGUUACAACCCACAUCAUGGUUCUGUAUUUGUCCCACAAAGU